AUGAAGAAGCCGGACGGGAAGGUCGUGCUGCUGGGGGACAUGAACGUGGGCAAGACCUCCCUGCUGCACCGCUACAUGGAGAGGCGCUUCCAGGAGACGGUCAGCACCGUCGGCGGCGCCUUCUAUCUGAAGCAGUGGGGUCCCUACAACAUCUCCAUCUGGGACACGGCAGGUCGGGAACAGUUUCAUGGCCUUGGGUCUAUGUACUGCAGAGGAGCAGCUGCUGUGAUCCUCACAUAUGAUGUGAACAGCCUCCAAAGCCUGACAGAGCUGGAAGAAAGAUUCUUGUCACUGACAGACAGUGCGAGUGCUGACUGCAUUUUUGCUAUUGUUGGAAAUAAAGUUGACCUCACCGAUGACUGUGCUUUACCACCGGAUGAAAAUAGACCUGAGAAGUCUGUUGCUAGCUGUGGCUCGAAGGUGCGAAAACAAGUCCGUGCAGAGGAUGCGAUUGCACUCUAUAAAAAGAUACUGAAAUACAAAAUGAUAGACGAGAAGGAUGUUCCAGCAGCUGAGAAAAUGUGCUUUGAGACCAGUGCAAAAACAGGAUACAAGGUGGACUACCUCUUUGAAACCGUGUUUGAGAUGGUAGUCCCGAUAAUCGUGCGGCAGAAAGCGGAGGGGCCCUCGCAAACCGUAGACAUCACAGACUACAAGCCAGCAAAAAGGACAAAAUCUGGAUGUUGUGCCUGAACCAUUUACACGA